UUGGCAAUACAUGUAAUUAUGUUAGUGAAAAGAAGACUUUUAGUUAAAAUGUGUGAAAAUAAUUCUUGUCAUGAUACGUAGAAAAUGAUAUUUUGAUUAAUAACACAAUGAAGGUAAGGUUAGUUUCUAAGGAUGCUCCUAUUUUAAUAAAAAGGGGAUAUAUUUGCAAACUUCUACUUCGUCCUCUUAUGUGUAUCCGAUUCUUAUUUUCCAUUUUUUCUUGUUAAUUUAAUAUACAGUUCUCACUUUCUCAUCAAAGCAAUCGCUAGCACAACUUGUAGAAUAUCUAAACAAAACACACACUAACGUAUUACCCUACAUGUGCAUGCAAAUUUCAUCGUCAUGAAGCUGCAUAAAUUUUGAACGACAAGAUUUACACGCAUAAAGAUUUUGAAACCUAAUAUAUACAUAUAUACAUAUAUAUAUAUAUAUAUAUAUAUAUAUAUAUAUAUAGAUAUAUAUAUAUAUAUAUAUAUAAUAAGAAAUCCGACGUUCUGGUCUAUAGAAAGCCCUCAAUGGAUAAAAAGGCACAAAUGUGAAAAGUGAUAUAGGGAAGGCAAAGCAAAACAGCUAAAACCAUUAAAAAAUCAAAACCUUCAGAACUAAACAUUUCCUGUUACAAAAUAAAUUAGAGAUAAAACCACAGAGAAAACAAAAAACAAACAAGCAAAGAAAAGUAUUUUUCAACUUGGCUGGCUUCUUGUGUAGUCUAUAUAUAUUCCUUAAACACUUUCUUAAAACCGAAAAGAUUCACAAUCUCUCUCUCUCCUCAACAUGACAUCAAGAACACUCACGAGACUUCCUAAUCUCAUUAAUGUUUUUCUCCUGAUUUCUCUAGUAUUCUCAGGGAAUAUACUACAAAGUGUUGCAUCUCUUGGCAUCAAUUACGGACAAGUUGGUGACAAUUUGCCUUCACCUGAUAAAGUUAUAAACCUCUUGAGAUCUCUAAGGAUCAACAAAACAAGAAUAUACGACACAAAUCCUCAAAUUCUUAGUUCCUUUGCAAAUUCAAACAUAGAGAUCAUCGUCACCAUCGAAAAUCAGGUCUUAACGUUGUUACAAGAUCCUCAACAAGCUCUCCAGUGGGUGAACUCCCACAUCAAACCCUAUAUUCCGGCCACAAGUAUCACCGGAAUCAUGGUGGGAAACGAGCUUUUCACCGACGAAGACUCUAGUUUAAUCAGAUACAUGAUGCCAGCAAUUAUCAACAUCCACAAAGCCUUGUUCCAGUUAGGUUUAGACAUAUAUAUUCAAGUCUCGUCUCCAAGCUCUCUCGCCGUCCUAGCCGAAUCUUAUCCUCCAUCAGCCGGAAGUUUCAAGCCGGAGGUUACCUCCGUGAUGCAACAAUUUCUACGAUUCUUGGAAGCCACGCGAUCUCCUUUUUGGAUCAAUGCUUACCCUUACUUCGCCUACAAAGAUAACCCUAACACAAUCCCUAUCGACUACGUUCUAUUCAAUCGUAACAUCGGCAUGACCGAUCCCAACACAGGACUACACUAUGACAACAUGAUGUAUGCUCAAGUAGAUGCCGUUGCUUUCGCUGCUGCCAAAUUAGGGUACCGUAACAUAGAAGUUAGGGUUGCGGAAACAGGUUGGCCUUCCAAAGGAGAUGUUGGAGAGAUUGGAGCGUCUCCUUUGAAUGCUGCCACGUAUAUAAGGAAUCUUAUGAUGAGACAGUUCGCCGGAGAAGGGACUCCGGCCAGACGGAGUUCCAGGCUAGAGGUUUAUAUAUUCGCAUUGUUCAAUGAGGAUAUGAAACCUGGUCCUAUUUCGGAGAAGAAUUAUGGAAUAUUUCAACCAGAUGGAUCAUUGGCUUACGAUUUGGGAUUCUCCACGACGUCUACUAGUACUACAACUGCGACUUCAAAGUCUGCCACAUAUUCAUCUUCUGCCACUAAGGCAAAGUCAACCUUGAAGUAUUGGAAAAUUUUGAUAUUGGCGAUGAUUGGGGUUAGACUGUUUUAGAGGGGAAGUUUUCGAGAAGAUAUAACAUGGUUAGGAUAGUUAUGCAAAACAAAAAAAAAAAUAUCUAAGAUAUAAUUCCAUAUUCAGUUUAACAUUUCAAUCAAAUUUCGGUAAAUAGUUAAAUUAUA